GCUCUGUUUGGUAAAACCGGGUAUUCUAUAGAGUAUAGAUUUUAAACUAUAGUUCUCCAACCUGGCAACAGUCAAGCAUGCUUGUGAAGAUCGCGGACUAAAUUGUGAAACAUUUCGCUUGUAGGGAUGAUUCUCGGAAACAUGGAUUAAUGUUAGAGACUUAAGUGUGACUCGAGUAAACCAUGCAAAGACCGCGGGAAACCAGACCUGAUUUAGAUUCGGGUUGCCACUUCAACAUUCGCCAUCUUGAAGACGUAACAGACGAUGGGGUCAAUGGCUCGCAAGGUCAGCUCAAUGGGCUCUCUCGCUAUCAACACUUGCACCAGUCAGACUUCAAAGUCGUCGACGGACUAUUGCGCGGAGGAGUCGACCUCGAGCGGUUGCCAUGUCAACAGGCGAAAGUAGUCCGGAUGUUCGUUUGCUCAUCAGGUCAAGAUUUUGAGGCGGAGAGAAAUCACCUUUUUGCGAAUAUCUACCCACAAGUGCGACAAUACUGUAGGGAAAACCAUGCAGUCGAUUUUCAGCUGGUGGACAUGUACUGGGGCAACACGGGCCUGCCCGCGACUGACCCCCACAAGAUGGCGGCCGUACACGAGGAACUGAGGCACUGUCAACGCACCUCUAUGGGACCCAACUUCGUGCUGUUCAUCGGUCAGAAGUACGGUAACGCGCAUGUGCCGACAGAGAUUGCUGUCGGCGAGAUGGACAAGAUCAAAGCAGCCCUCGAGAAGGCCGGACAUGACGUGGAUGUUCUGGAUAAAUGGUUCAAAAAGGAGAUGAACGGGACUCCUCAGGUCUACUGCAUAAAAGAAUCAAAGAAAGGUCUGGCCCAUUACCCGGAAGACUUCGCCGAGAUUGUCAACCUCCUACAGACAGGGUCAGCCUUGGCCGACAGCACGCUGGCGGAGAAGUGCUCCACUUCCGAUUUUGAGAGUUUGGUGAAGUCCGGUUUACUCGAUCUCGAUCGUUCGUCCCGUGACAAAAAUUGCCUGGUAUACAUGAGAGACAUACAAAACAUAGGGGAACACCUGGGGGCCAAGAACGCGGGGACGUUCGUAGAUCUCUGUUCGGAUACACACACUUGGGACGUCGGAAAGAAAGGGUCAAUCAACGUGCUGAGAAACUUUGUUGAGAAAAGCAUAACAAGCGACAACUUGCUGAAAACAAACAUCUCAUUGAACGGAUGUUUGCUCGAUGAAGAUGCAUCGCGGAAAUAUAUUUCUGAAAUAGGUAGACACUUCUUUUCGACUGUGACGAAGAUGGUGAACGAGAGGAUGACGAGCAGAAGCAGUCUAUAUAAAGAUGAACUUUUGUACGAACUCUCCUUGCAAUGGAGUCAUGUGCGCCAGUGUUCCGGUCCAUAUGUGUCGCGUGAGGAGAUGUUGGACGCGAUCAAGAGCUACCUACUUACGGAGACCGACCAGCCUUUGAUCAUAGUGGGACCUCGGGGAUCAGGAAAGACCAGCCUCAUAGCAAAGGCUGCCAGUGAUAUAAACGAAGCAAUAUCUAACUCCGAUAUUUCUAUGCCAACGGCAUUAAUUGUGCGUUUUGUGGGAGAAACAAACAUGUCACGUGAUAUUCAGCCUUUAUUGUUCACUUUGUGUCGUCAGCUCGCGUACGUUACGCGCCGUUACAGCCAGGAAGUUCCAUUCGAAUAUAAAUAUCUUAAGAACCAUUUUAUUGACCUAGUUCAGCGUGGAGAAUACGGCGGUAUGCUAGUGAUUCUUAUCGAUGCGCUAGAUAGCAUUUCCUCCACGGAUAACGGCUCAAAACUAGACUGGCUACCUCCGCGAAUUGCGUCCAAUGUCAAAAUUAUCAUUACGUCUGGCUCAGAGAACGUAGACAUAAUGCGGAGAUUAGAGAACAAAGUCGAACACGCACUUACAAAAUUGCCUGACUUCAACAAUGUGAUGUGCGAAGAGCUUGUGAAGAAGCUGAUAAUGGACUGUAGUGAGACCAAAAAGACGGUCUGGUACGAGGAAUGGAAGCGGAUACAGACGGCCUUUUCCGCGAUCUCCUCGCCUCUGUACGCCCGGCUUGUAUUCGAGCAGACCAUAUCACAAUGGCGACCGUUCGACGAGGUGAGCAAGGAAGCGAUCCCUCGGUCAGUGGAAGAACAUGUUUGUCACUUGUUUGAAGCCCUGGAGAAACGCCAUGGGGCGGUCCCGGUGCAGCGCAUGCUCGGUUAUCUUACAGCCGCUGAGGGCGGUCUCAGCGAGUCGGAAUUGGAUGAUAUACUGUCGCUGGACGAUACACUGCUGAAUGAAGUGUAUCUCGUCCUAAACGAGUAUCCCAACAUACGGCGAAUGCCGCAUUAUUUCUGGGCUCGAUUACGACAGGAUCUACGACCGUAUUUGACAUUUGUACACACGGAUGGUAUCGCCACUGUGCAAUGGCGCUAUAAAACGAUGGCGUUGGUUGCCAAAGAGAGGUAUCGGACAAAUGGAGAUGGCAGAAUAAUUGAAAUGUUUUCCAAUAUGGCGGACUAUUUUCUCGGCACAUGGUCAGAUACAAAAAUGAAGCCAUUUAAGCAUCCUGCUAAGAUGAUGGCUUUGUACAAGCGUGUCGACAGCUAUGACGCGCAGUGCCGACAUGUUCCGUCGCAACCAAUGUCAUUUGGAAACUACAUGCUCUUCAACAACAGAAAACUUGACCUUUUGCCAAAGCUUCUGGUAAAGUGUCAGCGGUACGAUUGUUUGAAGUCGUCAGUUUUCUGCAACUAUGAGUGGAUUGCAAGCAAAUUGCACACGACGUCCGUUCAACGAGUUAUCACUGCGUUUGAUGUGCAUCUCGACCGCGAAACAAAGCUUGUAGCCGACGCUUUGCGCAUGUCCAAAUCAGCUCUUAGGGUUAAGCCAGACGCGUUAGCCAUAGAGUUGAUUGGGCGAUUACUGCCGCAUAUCCACAAGUAUCCCUAUAUUCGAGAUUUGAUACGUCAGUGUGACCUAGACGUACAGCGCUGUUGCCCGCUGGUGCCCAACUGUCAGAUUUAUAGCGCGCCUGGUGGACCCCUGCAGUAUGAAUGUGACGUCAGCGCCGGAAACAAUGGCAGCCCAAUCGACAUCGACGUUUUCUCGAAUGCCGACGGAAUACUAUUGUUCGCGAAGCCGAGUUAUAGCCAACGGCUCCGCGUAUGGGAGCUCACAAAUGGCGAAGAGCGACCAGACAUCAUGCUGCCAGUAGGAACCGUUAAGCCAUCCAAGGACGGGAAGUACUUCAAUAUUUUACUUGAGAAUGGCAAACUGAAAGUCUUUAAGGCGGACACAGGGAUCUUACACGGCGAGAUGGAGUACGGACCUGGCAAGAUUUCUCACGUAAGCGUGUCCAGUCGGUACCUGGUCUUGGUUCUGUUCAAAGGCUCGGGUCCAUACGUGUUCGAUAUUGACAGGAGUGAGCUGCUGCACAAGUUCACGUACCACACCCACGCGGCCGCCAUUCACGACAGCGAGAGAUACAUCGCGUUUAAUGCCGAAAGAAGCAUUCUCUUGUACGAGCUUCCUACCAUGGAACGUCGCUGCGUGGGGACGGCCUCUGACGUAGCGCAUGACAUCAUAUUCGUGAACGACCAGCCAAAGUGUUAUGUAUUGACAAAAACCAAACUAUUGGAAACAAUCGUAUUCGAUGUGAUUAACCGGAGGACGUCUACGAAAUCUAUUCUCACAGACAUGGAAGCGAAGGAAUGCAUACCUUCUAACUCCAAAAAGUUGAUGAUUGUUCGUUGUAGCAAAACUUUGCACGUGGUAGACACGAUUAAGGAUACCGUACGGUCAAGAUUACAGAAGUUGCCAACAGGAGUGUUUAUUGACAACAGUUCACAGUUUAGCGGAGCUGGUUUUACGCGAGACGACAAAUUAAUCGUGGCUGCGCGCUACACUUACCUUAUCGUAUGGGAUGCAGAAACCUGCUCGCCAGUCCGCGUUCUACAGUCGGACGUUUCUCCCAUGGAAAAGAUUUUUACAUCCGAGUCCGCGAACAAAGUCGUGACGCUGUUGAAAAAUCAUACAUUCCAGGUGUGGGACCUAGACAAUCUAGAUCAAGACACCGACCACGCGGUUGAAAUUCACGACAAUGCUGUCGCCUCUCUCGCAGUGUCGUUUGAUACGGGGUAUAUUACUUCGCACGACAGCAAGACACCUGACGCAAGACUCGUGUGCUUAAAGAGCGGCAAGCUCGUUGAUACACUCCAGCACAGCGAAAACUCAUUAGACCGCCUCGUGGAGGUGGUAAUGUCAUCAGACGGCGCUUAUGCCGUGACGAGGGCGCGAAUCGCCGUGGACCCAAACGGACUAUGUAGCCUAACGCUCGAUGCAGUGACUGAUGACGUCAUGUGGGAAGUGGAGACAGCCUCCAAAGUAUUCCAUGCCAUCUCAAAUAGGUAUAUUGCAUUCAGCCCCGGAUACUCAAACGCUGCAUUUGUCACGUGCGCCUUCUACAAUCGCUGCGACUGGAGCGAGAAUAUCUACAACGUGUUCAUCGUCCACCCAGAGACCUCCACCAACUAUACUAUCGACUUCCCCUGCAACACUGAAUUCGUGGCGCCACCUAGAAUUGUUGAUGCAGAAGACACUGGUUAUUUCGUUGCUGUUGUGCAGACAAGCGACAUAAAGGACAAGCAGGGAAAACAGGAAACGGUACGAAGAAACGACGUAUAUUUGUUGAUGCAGAAACUGAAUGCAGAUCACAAUCCUGAGGAUUUGUGUUGUGUUCGUGUUCAAAGUUUAUCGAAGGAAGUCGGACCUACAGAUGCCUUUAUAGACAUUAUUACAGUCAGAGAUGAAAUGGUUCUUGCUGUUUAUGGAAAGGACGUGGGGUCUUACGAAUUUGUACUUGACAAAGGUAUUUUGCCUCCAAAGAUAGUUCGUAAAGGUGCUUUCCUUUACAAUGUUCAAUACAAGACGGUCAUGAAACAUUUCCCUGAAUUUCUGGAUAUCAAUUCUAAUAUUAAAGACAUACAAAUUUCUAGUCAGUCGAGUAUAAUUGUUGAUGGUGAUAUGCGAGUUUUCAACUACGAAAACAACUCAUUCCAUCGCCAAUUGAAAUCCUGCUCUUUCGCGCAAGGAACCGCAAAACUUGUCCUAGAUGGGCGUUACAUAGUUGGCAUAGCAGAAGACAAGCGUCAGAUUGUUGUCAUUCGCACUAACGACGACAAGGUUUUAGGCUCUGUCUUUGUUCAUGGUCGUGCAACAUGUCUAGCAGUGUCAACCGACGACCGUACAGUUGUGGUGGGCUGCGAUGACGGGCGUAUCAUGAUACUGAGUGUGAUAUUGGAGUUCGCGGACCCGCUGAAAGAGCAUAUCCAACAUCUACACAGCCGCCGGGACGAUGAAUUCCAGGAGACACUGAUCACAAACGAUAUUCGCCGUCUGUCUCUCACCACACCGGACCAGCACCGGCUGUCGGCACUGUUACGACAGAAGGCGCGCGAGGAGACGCGACGUCCGCCGUCCUACACAACGCUAGAACGCGGCGUUACGAUUUCGCGUCAAUCAAACCGUCGCAAAGAUAACGCAAGUUGUUCACAGCAGUGAGUGACUCUGCUAUAUAACCGUUGCCUAGUACACGUUCUGACACUUAACGAUGUCACUAUAAAGAGUUCUAAGGGACUCUUGUGACAUAGUUUAUACACAGCGCCGCAGGUGAUGUUUUUCUGUUGUAGGAAAAAUGUAUUAUGCUAUCGGUAUUAUUGCAACGACGUAUUACGAAACUGGCUAAUAGGAUGUCUGGAUACACCGAGUUUAUGAAGUUAUAUUUAGAUUUAACUUAUUCGUGACAUCAUUUGUAUGUCAAGUUAUCAAUUGUCGCAAACAAUUAUUUAAUUCUGAGUCCAUUUGCUUAGAAUUAAUAUAAUGUCUGUGUAAUUAUUUCAGGUCUUCAACUGGUUUCCUAUAGAAGAGUAGGGAAAAUACGUUUUCUAAAGAAAAAGUAGACAAAAUAUGACGACUUUGAAUAACAAAGUACGAUUAAUAGGAAUGAUACCCCACUCUUAUUUAUCAGUUUAAACCAACUUUUACAAUAACUGAUGAUUGUUCCCACCAUUAAUUUAAACAUCAUGAUGUGCUAGUAAUAUCUGUACAAUAUUGGUUGAACUAAAAUGUUAAGCACACAAACGCAUAUGUUUUAAUAUUUUACAAUUACAACGAAUUACACUCUAACUGACCUUAAAACUCGAGUUCACAUCAGAUUUCACAUUACUCAACAGAAACUUGCCAGUUUUACAUUAUCUUUACACGACAAGCAAAAAAAAAAGGAUUAUUAUGGCCUUUUACUGUAAACAUAAGAAAAAUGAAGUUUGAAAACUAAGUUAGAGAAGGGGAAAACAGGAAAUAAUUAAGGCCAACAAUGUACUGAUUAAGCUAUUAUAUGAAAAGUAAUAUUAAUUUCAUUGGGUAUUUAUCCGUUUUGUUUUCUAUGUAUAUAUUCAAUGUAUAUUGUAUCCUUCAAUUUAUGCUCUCUUUUCACGUUGCAUGUUCAAAUUGGCACUGGCUAUUUUGAGGGAAAUUAAGAAAUACUUGUAACUUAAAUUGUGUUUAUAAAUUAAAACUGGGUUAUAUGUUU